UGUUUCCUUCUUUAUUUGUAGGCUUUGGCAGCACGUUACAAGUGCAAUAAACAAAGGUGAUCAACACAAGGCAACACAGGAAAAAUUUGUGCUGGAGGAGGAGCAGAGGAAUGCUGCCCGGGAGCGAAGAGAGAAUGGCACGGAAUGGAAACCGCUGCUUUUCCAGCAUGAUUCCACAACUAAUGAAUGGCGCUACAAAUACGAGGAUUUAAGACCUUGGGAUCCUUUGAAUGAUAUUGCUCAAUUUGAGAAGAACGGGAUACUGCAGACCAUGGAAAGACGUUUAUCUACAAGGAUGUCAAACCAUAAAACAACAUGCAUAAACAAUCAAAUUACGCUGCACAAGAGAUCUACCAAAGACUGCAGACGCCGUAAAACCAGUGAUCAGCCAUCCAACCACAGCCAGAAUACAGAGAGCAGCUGUUCAACGCCGGAGUCUGUACAAGAGCUGUCAGAUGAUGAUGGCAAGUAUCUAGGGUUUGGUAGUCUGUGCACUCAGUGUGGGAAAGAAAUGAAUCACCUAAAGGAAAUUCGUUCAGCCGUCUUAUCUCUGCAGAGAGCCCAGCAGGAAAUACACAGAAACCUCAGCGCUCUGAACAAAAAAUCCUUUCACAGGAAGGUCUCUUCUGGAAGCUUUCUGCUGGACUCUCGCUGUUGGUUUCUCCUUUGCAUCUUUCUUACGUGUCAGCUAUUCAUUAAUUAUGUCUUCAAAUAAAUGCACCACGUUUGGCAGCAAUAACGAGUACUGGCUGCAGGAAGGGGGGGCACUCACACGAGGAGUCCAGCGAGGCACCAAAGCACUUUAGAACCAACGCAGCAGAGAUGGAAGAAAGUUGAAAAACAAGGUGGAAAAGGGACCUAUGAACUUUGUUCCUGCAGAUUAUGUCAUUUUUGCCUUUUACAUGUACAUCUUCAAGGACCUCUUAACCUGUAUGGGCCUUAAUGCUGAAGCCAAAUGUAGCUUUAAUCGUGCAAUUUGUUUUCUACGUUUCAUCAUUUUCUGAUACAAUUACUAAUUACCCACCGGUAUUGGUACCCCCAAAAUGGUAAAACACAGCAGUGUUUUACAAGAGGCACACCGGCCUGGUUUAUAGCUCUCCAAGGAAGGGGAGUAUAGCUGGGGAGCUGUACAGAACUGAUGUUCACAGUGCCUGUCUGGCUGCAUUUAAUUACGGGAGGGAGCAUACUUGGUCCAAAAAAUCCACCCCCCAGGAUAUUAGGUCAUAAUUUGUUUUGUCAGCACACACAUGCAGAACGGGACCUCAGGAUAUUUUGUUUUCCAUUCCAAGGUAGUUGUAAAUAUGCACAACUUCCGAGUGCCAUUCCUCUUUAGGAAAUGAGAAGUAUUCAGUGAAAGCUCCUGAUUCACUUCCAGAGCUGACUGGUGUCCUGGACCAGGCUCAUGGAGCAUCAUGUCAGACAUAUCUGUUCGUAAAACCUGGUCACAUACUAUUAUUGUUAUUAUUUGCUAUAUGGCUGUUUUAUAAUAUUACACAAAAGCAUUGUAGAGAGGAAUCACUGCCCCAGGAGAGGUGAGAAGGACAGGAGCAAUGGGUGUACAUGUGUUUGGUUGUAGGCACUUUUAUUGUGAAAGGUCAAGAAGGAGGAAGGGUUUUGCCACUGCAUUGUUCAAAUCUGUUAAUAGUCUUCCUAUUUUACACCAUUUUUAAAAGAUUUGCAAUAUUUUCUGUAGACUGCAGACAAUACUAAGCCUUUCUUUUUGGCCUGAAGUAGAUCCAAGUGGUAAGUACUGCUAUAUAUACAGCCUUAAAAUACUUAGUGGUGGUGCCAGUCUGGGCUAUCUUUCAAUGUAAAUGUUUCCAAAUUUUUAACUACAUUCCUCAUCAUAUUCCCCAAGUAGGGGAAACCUGUUUGUGCUUGAUAUGUUGAAAUAAAAUUACACACAACUUUCA